AAACUUUUAUAAACUCAUAAGUUCAUGAAUCUCUUACUGAUGGUCUCUUAUUGAAGAGUCGUAAAUUAUGUAAUAAAUAAGCCUGUGCCUGGUGACGGUGACUGAGUUACCAUGGUAACAGAGCCACGUGACAUUUGAAAGCUUGUUUACCUCGGGUUAAAAUAAACUAAAAGUUGUUUGUAAUCCCACAUUUAGUGGUGAUUGUAGAAACACAGGUGUUGAGCUGCGCUGGUUGAAAGUGUUUAGGGGGCGGGGCUCUGUGUGGGCAGAUAUCAUUUAAAAAAUAAAAACAAUUGUGCAGAGAAACUCACGCUCGCUUCCUUUCACCUCGCGAGUCAAGUUAUUUAAAGUAAAAGAGCCAUGGACUAAAGGAAAUAUUGUGUAAUGUUUAUUUUAUCUCUAUUCUAACAACUAAUUUAAAAUCAAAUGUGUCUUUCUGUGAGGAUUGUUAUUGUCACAUUUAAUAACAAUUUAUUAUUAUUAAUAGUAUUAUUAUUAUUAUGUAAAAAAUAGUCAAAAUAAAAUGAGUGUAAAAAAUAAAAUGUAGUCAAACUUUGUAUUAAAUUACUUUGUAAGUGGCGCUGAAAAGGUUUAAAAAGUAUUAAAUUUAACUUGGGGGUAUGUGCAGACACCCUAUUUGGAAAAAAUUAAUAAAAUUAAUUUUCAUAAGAACAUUUUCCCUCAAAACAUGUGAAAAUAUUAAUGGCACCACAAAAGAGAUUUUUAAUUUAAUUUUUUUUGGUGAAAAUAAAAGAAUACAUAAACUGCUCUCAGUGUCCAGGAACUCUGCUGUUUCCUUUGUCCAUGACUGACAGAUGGUCACGAACAUGUAAAAGUCAUGCAGUGAACAUAAAAAACAGAAACACUUCCUGUUUAACUCUUUAUUUACAUACAGUAUGGAGUCACGUAUAAAACCUUCACACUGUUUUAUUCACUUCCACAGAGUGACAGAAAAUGGACAGAAGAUGAGAGACUGAAAAUGGAGAAAUCUGCUCUACUGACUGAACUGGAUGGAGCAUCAAAAUCACUGAGAAAUAAAGACCAACAGCUAGAAGACUGUAAAAGACAAAUGGAGAAUAAAGAUACAGAACUGAGAAAUAGAGAGAAAAUCAUCAAGGAGAAAGACACAGAAGUGGAGAAGAUGACUACAGAGCUACAGGAGAGAGAAAGAGCUUUGAGUGAGAAAGAUACACAGCUGAAGAACAGAGAUAAAGAGCUGGAAACCAGUAAAAAUAACCUGGAGACACUGGAACAGGAGCUGCAGGACAAGAAGAGACAACUACAGGAGAUGAUGAUCGUACUGGAGCAACAGAAAACUGAGUUAGCAGAAAAAAACAAACAGCUUGAAGAGAAAGAGAGUCUUCUAACUGAGAGAGAGACACAGCUAAUGGAAAGAGACAAACAGCUUCAGGAGAAAGACAGACUUCUAGAGAAGAAAACAAAGCAGCUGCAGGAACAGACAGAUCCAGAAUCAUCAGCCCCCAUCAGGAGAAGAAACAGCAAGGAAGACUUACCUCCAACAAUGAGUGGAGAGACUCAGGACUCAGCAGCACCAAUCAGGAGAAGAAACAGUAUGGAGGGAUUGCGUCCAACAUUGAGUGGAGAAUCAUCUCCAGUGUCGGUUCCUGUAUCAGAACUGAGGCUGGUGCUGCUGGGGAGGACGGGGUCUGGGAAGAGUGCAGCAGGAGACACAAUCCUUGGCAGAGGGGAGAGGAACCAGGAUGCUACAUCUACAGCUACGUCUACAUCCACCCAGCAGAGUGAGAGCACACAGGGGGAGGUGGCUGGGAGGAAGGUGACUGUGGUGGACACUCCUGACUGGUUCUCUCCUGGACUCUCUCAGGAGAAUCUGAGACAGGACGUGGGACUCUGUGUCCGUCUGUCUGCUCCAGGACCCCACGCCUUCCUCCUGGUCAUACGUGUAAAGCAGCCUACAGGAGAGGAGAGAGGGAUGCUGGAGAAAAUGGAGGAGAUUUUUGGAGAGAGAUGUUGGAGAAACACUAUGAUCCUUUUCACUGUUUCUGAUGAACUUCAGAAGAAGAACAUUGAGGAGUUUAUCCAAUCAGGAGACCAGGAGGUCCAGAGACUUGUAGAGAAAUGUGGGAACAGGUUUCACUGUCUCAACAUUAAGGAGAGUGGAGAUGGUUCUCAGGUCUCAGAACUGCUGGAGAAGAUAGAGAAGAUGGUGGAAGGAAGCAGAGAGAACUUCUACAGCAGUGAGACUUACUUUCAGUAAGAAUCUCAGAUUAGAGCAAUGGAGACAAACUGAACAACUAAACUGGAGAGAAAAAUGAAAGAAGAGAGGGAUGAAGAGAAAAAGUGAGAAGGUGAGAGGGAGCUAUUCAAGCACUUUAGGGCCUUUAAGGACAUGCAUAAAAAGAUACUACUUACUAUUAUGCAAGCCUAUAAGCACCUAGAUAGUCAGAUAGAGCUGAGGUGGAAUCUGUAUUUGUAGAGCUCUCUGGUGUCUCCAGUGAAAGAAUGUUAUUGUUGGUGUUAUUUACUGACCACCUGAUUCUAGCAUCAAGGACUUUAAUGAAAGUUUGACCAGUUCUGAUAAACAAUGAGGAUAAACCCAUUUAUAUUUUAGGUGAUAUUUUAGGUGAUACUGGGGAUUUUCUUAAUAUUCUUUAUUGUAGUUACUUUUUUCUUCUUAUUCAUAAAUCUACAUGAGUUAAAGAGAAUUCAGCAACUUGGAUAACAUUUUAACUAAUUCUUUAAGCAAAGGAAUGAAAUCUGGGGUCUUGUAUUUAGACUUGUCAGAUAAUUUCCCCAUAUUUCAUUAUUCUUUAAUUAAGGUUAAUAGAGCUAAACAUAGCCAAAAAAAAUAUUGCAAAAGAGAAUUAUGAGCCAAACAUUUCAAAUUUAAAGAUAUUCUUUCUAGUAAUUCAUGGGAUGAUCUAUAUGAGGAGCAUAAUACUGAUAUUGCAUAUCAAAAUUUUCUGAGAUAGAAAACAGUUUGCUUGUGUUAAGGGUUGCUAUUCAAACAAAGCCAUACUACUCUGUGGGGUUCCUCAGGGGUCCAUUCUCGAACCAUUAUUAUUCCUUAUUUAUAUAAAUGAUUUGUCUAAAGUCUCAAAUAUCCUUAAUCCAAUAAUGUUUGCAGAUGACACAACCCUAGUUCUCUCUCAUUCAAAUUUUGUGAAUAUUCCUGAGGAAUUCAAGACUCAUAUGCAUACAUAUAUGCACAUUCACACAGGCAUGCACAUACGACAUACACAUAUAUAUACAUGCUCUCGCCCAUUUCUGUAAUUAUAUUUUUUGUUGUUGAUAAACUAAUAUCACUUUGAUGUAGUGUUUUCUAUAACUUUGUGAAAAUUUAACAUUGUUUAGGUAGAGUCUUUAAGUAAGCCCUUACAGGUUUUUGCCACUCACUGCACUAUAUGUUUGUAUUCUUACUACUUUUCUUUUUGCGCAUAUUUUUAAUCAUGCAAAAUAAUAAUAAUAAUAAAAAAAUACUAAAACCUAAAUUAGAGAAAAAGCAAGAUCAUUUUAAGAAAUAUAUGGUAAUUUACCGUAAAAUAGCAUUUUUAAACAUUUAAACUGUUGUAGCGCCAUCUAUUGUUCAAUCUCCAUUAAAUUUUGCAUGCUUCUUAAGAAUCAUAUAUGUUAAAUGUUCUUACUUAAUUUCAUGCAGUGUUGAGUUUUCCUUUAGAAGUUAAGCCACACUCAUUUUUGUAAAUAACCCUGCUAUGACUAUCUAAAUAAAAAAGUUCCAGAUUGAGAAGAUGUAACAUAUGGUACACCGUGUACACCGUGUGCGCAUAAUAUACAAUAAUUUACACACGUAGACAUCUCCCGAUGGCCAAUUUUUUUUUUCAAAUUUUGCACAGACCUCUGGGGCAGGGAGUCAAAUAGGCCCACCAACUUUUCUUCUGAUCGGCCUUCAUUAACUUUGUCUAAUAGCUGCUGAAAUUUGAUUGGCUGAUGGCAGCCAUGUUUUUCAAGAUUCACAACUCUCCUCAUAGACACUGAUGGGACCUUGGACAAAGACACUUCGUGCAAGAUUUCAAGUUGAUUAGACAAGUGAUUCCAUAUUUAGUACCAAUUUCAUGUUUUGUCCUGUUAUAGCACAUGGCCAUGUGAGGUCAAUCUGACCUCACACUGAGCCCAUACAUAAGUGUGCCAAGUUUGGUGAAAAUAUCUCAUUCUGUUCAAGAGUUAUAGCCAUUUCAGUAAACAUGUCCAUGCCCUCUUCAGAAGUUUUUGCCUGCCAUCACGGUGAUGAAAGGUUCAACUUUUUUUAAUAAUUACUGAUCUAAAGAGUCCAAACAAUUGUCCUGCACUGGUUUUAUUUUGGUUGAGCAAAAAACUGACAGUAGGACUAGUUCGCAAAAGUAUUUUUUAAGUAAUCACAAACAUUUGACGAACAAUCGUUCUUGAGGCAAAGUUGUUCAGAAAGAGGAGCUCCAUAAAACGGUAUGAAUUACUUGUACUUGUGUGAAACAUUGUGGUAUAUAAAACAUUUAUGUGCAUGAAAAACCUGAUAGCACCCCCCAGUGGCUGAUUAGUUUCAAAUUUCUCACAGACCUCUGGUGCCAAGAGUAAAGCAAGUCCACCAGCCUUUGUUAACCUUGUCUAAUAGCUGCUGAAAUUAAUUGGCCGAUGGCGGACAUGUUUUUCGAGAUACACGAGAUAAGAUCUUGCAGUGUACAGUCUAGCAGCUUUAUUAUAGUGAUUUUAGAUGUACUAACACUGCACUAACACACACCAACUCUGUACCAGCACACACCAAAACUACAGUAACACACACCAAAACUAUGCUAACAUACCAAACACUGCACUAACACCAACACUGCAGUAACACACUAACACUGCACUGCAUCAGGACAAGUAAAUGGACAGUACACUAUGAUAGAUAACCUGAACACAGUGACUAACCAAAAUCACAAAACCACACUGACAAAGUACAGACUCAGUGCACACAGACUAACCAUCAAGAUGGGCAUAGUGCUGCACACAGUGCAACACCAACUCCAUGGAGGCAAAACUGCACUUCUUAACUUAGUGUGAAAAAUAUACUCAUUUAUGACAAUCUUCAUUUAGAAAAUUUCUGAAAGUUCUUCCUCAAUUCUACACUCAAUUCUACACUCUCACCAGCACUGACAAACUGUUCAUCCUUUUAAGAGAACCGCAGAACAGCAGCACUCUGGCAGCACAGUACAUCUCACCUGAAUCACUCACUCACACACACACACACAGCCCUGAAUGACUUUGCACUGAGUAGUUAUAUGUGGGCCAUUUCACUGAGUGGGUGCCAUUUGUUUGUUGUAACGCUUCCAAAUUAAACUUCAAUUUUUAUCUUUUUUUCAACACUGAAUCUAAUAACCCACAUAUUUAACUAUUCAAAAUGUUUAUUGGUCAAUAUCAAGUAAUUUACUUCAUUUUUUACAAGGUUUCUAAGCGGAAGAUGUUACCAAAACUCAUGUGUCAUUUAAAAAGCAUGUCAACUAAUUUCUUUGUUUUCCCCUCAAGAAAGUGUUUGUUUUAAAGAAAUGGUAGGU